UAAUUAUUUAGUAAAAAUUUCUUGUUGAAAAAAGUGUUUGUCAGACGAAAAGCGCUUUAGCUAGUUGAACGUUAAGGCAACUCACAUAAAUUUAACGGCAACAUGACCGAGAUCUUGUCGCGUGAAAAGGAACUCUUCCAAAUAAACCAGGAGCUCAACCUGAUGUCAUUAAGUGCAUCCGCCGAGGAUGGCAAUCCUGUGGCCAACCAAUCUCGCUACGGCACCUAUCUCAAGCAGAAAGGUCCCAGCACACUACUAAAAAAGAAGCUCAAUGUCGAGGCGCUCACCAACAACAACAGUAACAACAACAACAGGGCAACGGGACGAGGCCAGAGGGUGAACAGAGCGCCGAAAUCGCCUAAUAAAAUUAGUGGACCAAUAUCAACUCCAACGACGCCCAGUGCCUCUCCACCGCUAACAACUCCUCGUGGCAAAUCCGCCUGGACACCGCUAACUAAGUCAAAGAUGGCCAAGGCGCCGCAGUGCAAACUGGGAGUCAGUGCACCAAUCGCCAAUCGAAUGGAUGGCACAUUCACACGCCGGGCAAGCCAUAGAACGGCCACCUAUGUUAAGUAUCGCAAUCCGAAUUUUAAGCAGAGUCCAUCAUUGGAUCUGCUCCUACGUCAUAGCGAUGACGCCGAUGCGCAUAAGCCAGUGAUGGAGCUGGAGGUGCAACAGACACGCGAGAGCACAACGGUGGUCAAUGGGCAGGCCAAGAAGCAGCUAACACAGGAUAACUUCAUUAGAUUUCUCAAAGCCAAGGUCGCCAUUUUGGAGGAGGAUCAUGGCCAGCUCACGCUUGACAUGGCCAAUCAAAAGGAGCGACUGGAGGAGACACUCGAGUUGUUGCGCAAGGCGGAAAAUCAACGGGAUCAGGCCAUCAACUCGAAUGCCAAGCUCACAGACCAGCUGCAUCGCUUUGAGCUGCAGGCGGAGGACUCGAAUCGCUGCCAAAAGGACCAACAACUGGAGCAAAACAAACAGAAGCAAGAACUGGAGCUUCUCAGACGCGAUGCAAAAGUACUCAAGCAGACCAAUGCGAAUCUGGAGAAGCGAUUAUUACGCGCCAAUGACGAGGCAGAGGCGGCACGCCAGUUGCUGGGACAACAGGCGGGACAGCAGCGCGACGAGCUGGAUCACAAUCACAAGGAGCUCAAGUUGCGUGACAAUCGCAUCAAGGCACUGAAACGCCAGCGCGCCGAUCUCUUGAAUGCCUACAAGAAGCAACUGUUUCUGAUUGACAAUCUGAAGCGUCAGAAUAGCUGUGUGGAGCAGGCGGUGGCCAUCGGAUUUGGGGAAAAGGAGUUCAACAAGGUGCUCGAAUGGAAUACGGCCAGCAAGCCAGUAUAUUAAACAAAUUUAAUAUUAAUUUCGGACCUCGUGCUUGUACUCAAUUAAAAAUAUAUAUGUAGUGUAUCAAUUAAACGCUAGGACACGCUAAAAUGCCCA